AAAUGCCAUUCUGAGUGGAAUUUACUGUAGAAUUUCCUCUAUAUAAACCAUCCAAUUACAGGCAAAGUCUAGAAAUUGAACUUUCCUCCACAAAAGAUGAAGAGCUUUGCAUAUUUUGGUAAGAAAUCAGAGCAUCUUUGUAAGUUGUCAUGCACAAAAGUAAAUUGUUUCCACGAAAACUGCAAAAGUUUAAUCAAGUCAUCAUUUCGUUUCUUGGGCUUUCAUGUAAACCCAUUUUGGAUUCAUCUAGCUUAUUUUAUAAUCAUCUCUUUUGUUGGGUUUUUGGCUUUGAAGGUCUCAAAGCCAAGAACUCCUCCCUCCCUCUGGCCUAAUGACCUGGAUAUCUUCUUCACUUCCGUGUCUGCUGCUACAGUUUCUAGCAUGUCAACAGUGGAAAUGGAGGCCUUCUCCAACACCCAGCUUAUCAUCAUGACCAUUUUGAUGUUAGUGGGUGGAGAGGUCUUCACUUCCAUGCUUGAACUUCAAUUAGAAAGGUCCAAAUUCCCUAGCCAAGGUCUUUCGUACACUACAAACUCUUUAGAGUUGGCUCCUGCUGCUGUUUCUCAUGACUUAGCAGAAAAUGAGAAACCAGCAGACACUGACCUAGAAAGUAACAGAAACUCCUCAGAUAGUGAUAGUUUAAAGUAUGCUUCCAUCAAGAUUCUGAGUUAUGUGGUUCUGGGCUAUCUCCUGGUAAUUCACAUUAGUGGUUCUAUUUUAGUUGCUUUGUACACAUACCUAGCACCAUCUGCCAGAGAAGUAUUAACCAAGAAAGCCCUUCAGGUACAGACAUUUACUCUGUUCACUGUGGCAUCAACUUUUGCCAAUUGUGGGUUUGUUCCUACAAAUGAAAACAUGAUAGUUUUCAAGAAAAAUUCAGGCCUCCUUCUCCUUCUAAUCCCUCAAAUACUUCUAGGAAACACACUAUAUGCACCCACCGUGCGAUUUCUCAUAUGGGUAUUGCAGAAGAUCACAAAAAGAGUGGAGUAUGGGUACAUGUUGAAGAACAGUAGAGAGAUGGGUUAUACCCAUUUGAUGUCUAGCGUUCAUUGCUGGUCUCUUUUUGCAACAUUUAUGGUUUUCAUAUUGGUACAGCUAGUAGUGUUUUGCUCUAUGGAGUGGAAUUCACAAGCGAUGGAUGGGUUGAAUUGCUUUGAGAAGUUGGUUGCUGCCUUAUUUCAAGUGGUGAAUUCCAGGCAUUCUGGUGAAUCUGUUUUUGAUCUCUCCACCAUCUCUCCUGCAAUCUUGGUGCUCUUCGUGGUCAUGAUGUAUCUUCCACCAUAUACUUCAUUUGUGCCCAUGGCGAUCGAAGAAAAAGAGGAAGAAAUUAAAGCAAGUGGCAAAAAAGGAAGAAAAUUUCGAGGGCAGGCACCAAGUCAAUUCUUAUUAUUCUCUCAAUUGUCUUAUCUUGUCUUCUUCAUCAUUCUAAUAUGUAUAGUGGAGAGGGAAAAGAUGAAGAUUGAUUCUCUUAACUUUAAUGUCUUAAACAUCACCAUGGAAGUGAUAAGUGCAUAUGGAAAUGUUGGGUUAUCAAGUGGUUAUAGUUGUGAAAAACGAUUAAAGAAAGAUAAUUGGUGCAAAGAUGAAUGGUAUGGAUUCGUGGGAAGGUGGAGCAACUUGGGUAAGUUCAUCCUCAUCAUUGUCAUGUUCCUUGGAAGGCUUAAGAAAUUCUUCAUUAACGGUGGUAAAGCUUGGAAGCUAUCUUGACACACCUUCCUGCUUUUGUAGCUUAUCCACAAGAUGUUUAUGUGGAUAUAUAGUAUAUGUUACGUCGACCUGAAGCACUAGAUAUUUAGAUGUAAAUUAAGAAAAAUCAAAAGAAUCAUCUUAUUUCUGUAACUGUUCCUCUUUUGUAUACAGAAGGAAGAAGAAGAAAAACAAAUGCAGACAGCACGUCAAUGUCGUUGUUUC